UUCUCGCUCUUCCUAAAACCCACAAAAUCUACUGAUAAUAAUGAGCGGCCAAGAUCGUGAGGCGGAUAAAAUUACAGGUUACCUAUUAAGGAACUCUGGAACAUCAAAAAAGAAGAAUAAAACAAAUAAACAACAAGAAUCUGAACUUACUAAACCUGACCCGCCAGCUAAGCCAAGUAGCACCAGUGAAGCUGUUGUGUCGGGCGAGACAUGCCCGGCGUCUGAAACACGUGCAACUGAGGGCUCGAAUUCACCAGGGCCUACGGACACAGGAUAUGAAACAACUGAUGAGGUAAGCAAUAGUGAUUUGAAAACCAUUAUGCUAAGACUGGAAACCAACCUCAAUAAACGAAUGGAUACCAUGGAGAGGAAAAUAGCAAAUUUGGGAAAGCUUUCAUUACAAAAUGAAAACAAAAUUAAAGUCUUAGAAAGUGCCCAAGAUUUCCAGGCAAGCAUUCUAUAAGAAAUUAACAAUAAACAAAUUGAGCGAAAUGAAA